AUGAAGUUUAGCAAGCUCUUGGCCGGCUUGGGCCUCAUGGCCACUGCAGCAAACGCCAUCGACGUACAAAUCGACGACGAGCAGAGCCGCAAGGAAGCCGCCGGCACCGUGGCGUAUGGGCUACUCGGAUUCUACUAUGGCAAUAAUACGGGCGAUGUUCCCGGCAACCUGCCAAGUCCUUAUUACUGGUGGCUCUGUGGCGCCAUGAUGGGCACCUUGAUCGACUACUGGCAUUUCACAGGCGACGAUUCUUACAACGACCUGGUAAAGCAAGCCAUGAUCCAUCAGGCGGGAGUCGACCAAGACUUUCUACCCGCUAACCAGACCCGUGCUAUGGGUAAUGAUGACCAAGGGUUCUGGGCCAUGACAGGCAUGCUCGCCGCCGAGUACAAGUUUCCCGACCCUCCAGAGGACGGGCCCCAGUGGCUUUCUAUUGUGCAGGCCGUCUUCAACGAGUUCGCCUCUCGAUGGGACGAGGAACAUUGUGGUGGUGGUCUGCGUUGGCAAGUGUUCGACUUCAAUGUUGGGUGGAAUUAUAAAAAUUCAGUAUCAAACGGCUGCUUCUUCAACAUAGCCUCGCGCCUGGCUCGCUACACGGGCAACGACAGCUACGCCGACUGGGCCGAGACCGUCUGGGAAUGGGAGAACGAGGUUGGCCUCAUGACCGACAAGUACGAACUCAAGGACGGUGUGACGAUUCGCGACGGCCAGGACUGCCGCGAGGAUAUGGACCCCACCCAGUGGUCUUAUAAUUCGGGCGUGUGGCUGCACGGUGCCGCCAUCAUGUCGAACUACACCGACGACGCCAAGUGGAAAACGCGUGUAGAGGGCAUCCUCAAUUAUGGUCUCGACCUGUUCACAAAGGACGGCAUCAUCUUCGAGCAGCAAUGCGAGACCUGGAACACAUGCGACGACGACCAGCGGUCAUUCAAAGGCUACUACAUGCGAUGGCUCGCUGCUGUGGCGCAGCUCAUUCCCGAGCUGGCCGACAAAAUUGUACCACUCUUGAAGAAUACCGCUGUGAUUGCAGCCGGUGCUUGCUCUGGCUCGCCUACUGGGCCCAUUGCAGGCUAUCCGCCAUUCAAGGGACAUCCGGGCACGGCCUGCGGAUUUACAUGGCUGAACGGGUCAACCUUUGACAACAAGUUUGGCGUGCCUGAAUCAAUGAACGCUCUAGCUGCCCUCUUGUCGACCUUUGAGGCCGAUCCGCCUGUUUCAGCGGACACUGGCGGUACAUCCAAAGGAAACCCCGGCGCUGGCGGAAGUGAUGAGGAGAAGGUGAGGGUAUUCCAACCCAUCACGACAGGCGAUCGGGCCGGUGCCGGUAUUCUCACGACCAUCAUCAUCUGUGGUGUGAUUGGUGGUAGUGCCUUCUUGAUUAUUUAA